CCUCGCGCGGUCCGUCCCGCCGCGCGGUUUGUCCCUCCGUCCGGCCCGUAGCACCGGCUUCUCUUGGCUCCAAAAUGGCGGGCGCCGCGGGCUCUGCCGAGGGUUUGCGCUACGCCGAGUACGUGCGGCCUUCUACGGGCGCCGGCAGGGGCCAAGCCGAGUUGGACCGCGGGCUGGCCAGAACUAUGAUAGCAGUUGGACUUGGUGUUGCAACUGUUGCAUUUGCAGGUCGUUACGCUUUCCACCUUUGGAAACCAUUGGAGCACGCAAUUACAGAGACAGCAAAGAGGAUUACGUCUUCUAGUUUUUCAUCAUACUAUAAAGGAGGAUUUGAACAGAAAAUGAGUAGGCGAGAAGCUAGUCUCAUUUUAGGUGUAAGUCCAUCUGCUGGCAAAGACAAAAUCCGAACAGCCCAUAGAAAAAUCAUGAUUUUGAAUCAUCCUGAUAAAGGUGGAUCACCUUACUUAGCAACAAAAAUAAAUGAAGCAAAAGACUUGUUGGAAUCCAGUGCCAAAAACUGAAAUCCGAAGGCUUGGGUCCUAGGAGAUUCAGCAGAUACAUUGCACAAUGGCUUUCAUGUCUACUUGCUUUGCACAGUUUCUUAUUCAUAUUUAUUGUCAUAAUUAAAAUUUUAAGAUGAUCUAAA